GAAACAGGUGCUCUAUAAUUUCUCUUUUACAGGCAUGGGUGCUGCUUAUGGGACUGCAAAGAGUGGAGUUGGAGUGGCCUCCAUGGGAGUUAUGAGGCCAGAGCUUGUCAUGAAAUCUAUAGUUCCUGUUGUUAUGGCUGGAGUGUUGGGUAUUUAUGGAUUGAUCAUUGCUGUUAUUAUUAGUACCGGAAUAAACCCGAAAGCGAAAUCGUACUAUUUGUUUGAUGGUUAUGCUCAUCUGUCUUCUGGACUUGCUUGUGGACUUGCUGGUCUCUCUGCUGGAAUGGCAAUUGGGAUUGUUGGUGAUGCUGGUGUUCGGUAA